AUGCUUUAAUCAAUGUAGAAUUCUAAUUGGUCGGCAAAUGAUAAUAAAAUAAUCUAAAUGUUAACUACACAAUUAGGGCUUACUUAAAUUUAAAAGUCCAUUAUAGUAACGUAGUUACAGAAAAUAAAAAGUGCAGAGAAAGUCAUCGAUUGCUUUAUGAAAUAGAAUAAAGAUUUUCAAGAAUUAUAAGAGAUAAUUUAGUAGGAGAUUACUAAUUAAAUGAAAGUGUAAAAUUAGAACAACAGAUAAAAAGGAUAAUGGAAUCAAUAUGAAUUGAUAAAGCUGAAAAAUAAGUUAUCAAAAUCAAUGAAAAGUAUUGAGGAGUCUGAUUGUCUCUUCUAAUAUAUAUAAUAAAAUUAUGAUUAAGAAAUUUUAAAUAAGAUUUUAUAUUAUGAAUUUAAAACUGUUAAAGAAUUUUUAUAAUAAAUUCAAAGGGUUGGUGAAAUUAGUAGACCUAAUAGUUAAAUAUAAUUUAAUGAAAAUCAAUAAAUCAAAAAAAAAUAAGGAUAUAGUAUUUGUUAAGAGAAUAAGCAAAUAUAAGAUUUAUUUCUAGAAUUUUAUUCCUUAAAUAAUAGAAAUAAUAAACAAAUAGAAAAAUAAUUGAUAUAAUUAUACAAUUCUUUAGAGAAUCAAUAAUAAAAUUCUUAAAUUUAUGAUUUUAAAAUUUGUCCAUAAUUGGAAUACGAGGAAUUAUUAAAUUUAUGUAAUUUAGUAAAGCAACAUUUUUCUUAUUAUCCAAGACCAGUUCAAUUAUUGUCUGUAAUAGAACUAUAUAAUCACGAUGAUAAAUAGGGGAGGUUAUCAGAGAUUUACACUGGAGAAGGUAAAACCUUAAUAGUUGCAAUGUUAGCCAUUCUAUUAUGUAAAAAGAGAAAAUUAAAUGUUGACAUUGUAACCAGUUCUCCUGUUUUAGCAAUUCGGGACGCUAAAGAGUUGGCAAGUUUCUAUGAAUCAUUUUCAAUUUCAGUUGCUCAUAAUAUAAGUGAGCCGAAUACUGAAUAAAAUGAAGGCAUGCUUCCAUGUUAUAAGUCUCAAGUAAUUUAUGGAGAUCCUCAUAGUUUCUAAGCUGAUAUAUUAAGGCAUCAAUAUUAAGAAUUAGGAACGAUGGGCAACAGAAAAUAAGGAUAUAUAAUAGUUGAUGAAGUGGAUUCUAUGCUUAUAGAUGGAAAUCGUAAUAAGACUUUAUUAAGCUCCCCUAUCCCAGGAAUGCUUGAUCUAACAAAAGUGCUAAGAUUGAUUUGGGAUGAAAUUUGUAAGGUAGAGCCUAAUUUAUCAACUGAUAAUAAAGUUAUGAUUGUUGAUGGAGAUAAUAAUUAUUAUAGUAUGGAUUUGGUAGAAUAUGUUGAACAAACCUUAGAGAAACAGAUAAAGGAUGCUUUGGAAAAUUAAAUACCUAAUUUUAGAUUAGAUUAUAUCAAAUUCAUGAAGAAAAGAUGGAUAGAAAGCGCAAUUUAGGCAAAGUUCCUUUUUCAUGAAAAAUAGCAUUAUCUAAUUGAUAACAAUAAAGUUAGAAUAAUUGAUUAUUUAAAUACAGGAGUAGUACAAAAGGAAAACACAUAAUGGUAAAACGGAUUGCACCAAUUUAUUUAAUUUAAGCACAAUCUUUCUAUUUCGUCCUUAAGAAUUAGCACAAACUUUAUGUCUAAUAUUAGCUUCUUUAAAAGUUAUAAAAAUUAACUCUUAGGUCUAACAGGUACAUUAGGAUCAUCAGUAACAUAGAAUUUAUUAGCCAAAAAAUACAAUAUUGACUUUGUUUUCAUACCACCUUAUAAAAAAAGAAUAUUAAGGGAAGAACCUGGAAUAGCAGUUUUUGGAGAGAAUGAAUGGUUUGAGGAGAUAUAUAAGGCAGUAAGCUAUCAGAUUGAAAAGAAGAGAGCUGUGCUGAUUAUUAAUAAAACCAUUAAUGAUGUUGAAAAAAUUUAAGCAUAUUUAACUAACUUCAAUUUCAAAUCAACCACAUAUGUAGAUAACAGUUAGGAAAUUUAAAAAGAAAUUGGACCUAAUACAAUUAUUAUAGCUACA